UCCUCCUCCUCCUCCUCCGGGGCGGGGAAGGUUCUGGCAGCUUCUGCCCGGUGUGUGGUGCUGGUGGGGAGCUCCAUGGCUAAGUGGGGGCAGGGGGACCCGCGCUGGAUCGUGGAGGAGCGCGCGGAUGGCACCAACGUGAACAACUGGCACUGGACGGAACGGGACGCGACCGGCUGGUCGAAAGGGAAGCUGGAGGAGCUGCUGGUGGGGCUGGUGGUGGAGGGCGAGGCCGGGCGGUGCGAGAUCAGCGACCUGAAGCACGUGGAGGGCGAGGCGUCCUGCAGCAGCCGCAAGGGGAGGCUCAUCUUCUUCUACGAGUGGAACCUGCGCCUCGGCUGGAAAGGUACAGUGAAAGAGUCUGGUGAGAAACAUAAGGGAUCUGUUGAAAUUCCUAACCUGUCAGAAGAAAAUGAGGUAGAUGAUACAGAGAUAAAUGUUAGCAAAAAGAAAGGGGAAGGCGAUGUUCUGAAGGACCUUAUGAGAACUGAAGGAGCCACAAAAGUCAGAGAGGCCCUGAGAGAUUACCUGAGAGCACUUAAAACAGAGUUCACCUUGGGAAUGAUUCUGCCAACAAAAGCUGCCACUGGUCAGGAGCUGCCUGCUGAGCAAAACAAUUCAGCUUCCCCCCAGUCUUUGGAUACGGUUGGUGUAAAAAUCCCAACAGUGAAGAUACUUAUGAAAGAAAUAUUCAACUCUCCAGCGGACAAACUUUAUAGCAUCUUUACAACUAAAGAUUUGGUACAGAAGUUCUCAAAAUGUCCCGCUGUGAUUGAAGCUGAGAAAGGAGGCAAACUUCAGAUGUUUGACGGCUGUGUCAGCGGCGAGUAUGCAGAAUUGGUCCCAGGCCAAAGGAUUGUCUUGAAGUGGAGGUGUAGGAACUGGCCUGAUGAACAUUAUGCAAUGGUUGCCUUGCAUUUCAAGGAUAUGGCUGCUCAAACGGAACUGCAGUUAGAGUGCAGAGGAGUUCCUGUCUCUAAUGAAGACAGUACAAGACAGUGUUGGAAGAAGCAGUAUUUUGAAGAAAUACGUAUUUUACUGCAGCAGCCCCAGGACAGCAUGGAAUGACAAGAGCACUGUAGUUUUCUUAGGGCAUUACUUUUUAUACUUUGUUGACAUUUGUUUUUUUUAACGAAAGUAAUUUAUUUCUGGGAAGAAUAAAGACCCAUGUCUAUGAUAAUGUAUAUAAUUUAAGUGUUAUUUAUGGGUUUUAGUGGAUGAGGUGGCGGGUAUGUUGGGCUGUCUAUAAACUGCUUUACUUGGGGAACAUGAUUUCUGCUUUGCUUGCACCUUCAGAGAGCAGUGGUGCUGCAGCUGCAGUAAUGCACUGCCAUCACAGGUAGGUAAGCUACACAAAUCAAUAGAAAGCAUUUGCCGUUCUUAGUCAACGGACUGGGUGGCAAAAUUAAGUCCCCCUAGGAGAUGGGGUACCCGUCAGAGCUGAACUGGAAGGGAUUAUGGAACUGCUAAUACAUGAGGUCUUUCAAGGAAUGCGGGGGAUAUAGUUGACAGCCUCUUUAGAUACUACUUCAGAUUGCUUUAGCUGCAGACUGAGACUGAUUUUGGUUUUAACCUGCAGCAGUUUCAGGGAAAAAUAACAAACGACGCUGUGUGUUUGGGGUGGGUGUGAGGGUUACCACUACUAAGUCUGCAUGCACUGCACUCCAUUACGUGACCUCAGUGUGAGAUCUAUUUUGGAAGAAACAAACAGUAGUAACAUCUUCAUUUUGCAAUGUUGUAGGCCUUCCACUUAAAUUAUUAACAGCUUUCUGCAUUCUGUAGCUCACAUUAAAGUGGGCAACUGUUUGUAAGAGAAGUUUGACAAAAGCAUAGUUGGGAUACUGAAAGUAAAGAAUUGUUACUUUUCAUUAAACCACACUGAGGUUAGCAAGGAUAACUUAAUUCUCAAAUGCUUUAUAAAAAUAUGUAUGAAUUAAAUAUGCGAUUUGAAACAAAUUGACCAAAAAAGGGCAAAGCUGCCUGUGCAAAGAAUGGUUGGCUCAAUAAAAUAGAUGAUUGCACAUGCAGUUUGUUUUCUCCAUUCACUGAUACUACCAAACUAAAUGAGGCUGUACAGAAGUUCAGUCCUUUAGAUUUUAUUCUGUCAGGACACCAAUGUACAGCAACCUUACUGCACGUACACUACAUCAGCCAGAAGAGAAAGAUGUGCUACUCUUUUCCACAGGCAAGAUUUUCCCUGGGAAGGUUGCAGUCAGUUAUCCCCUGGGAACUGAGGUGAGGUUUGUUGCAGUACCACACGUCAGAGCGAUCAGACAGAUGUACAGACCUGGUUACCAGGUGCUGGUUUGGUUGUGUUGGAGGUGUUCUGGACAGGAUGGAGAACAGCCUGGUGAGAAGUGCCACGUUUUCACAUAUUUCUCUGAAUGUCAAAAUUUAGUCACAUUUUCUUGACAACGAUUCAAGGACAAAGAACCUAACAUUUAGAAUAUAAAAAUGAUUUGGAGCGCUGGUUGACCAAGGGGCAAACUUUAAUUUAAGACAAGAUCAGGCUAAGCAGUUUUGUGUGUAGAUGAUCGCAUGACACUGUGGUGUCUUGAGAGGCAGCUGCUACAUCUAAUGACAGGUGUCUUCAGAGAUGGUAUCCUGCAGCCCCAAUACUUCUCCGGGAAGUCUUUCCUCCUGACUAAAAACCCGCUUCCAUCUUACAGUCACAAGUCUCCACUACUUGUACUUUUUGCUAGUCUGAAUUUUCUCAUCCCCUUCCUCUGGCAGGAGUGACCCACUCAACUAAGUGCCAAUCAUCAGUGUUAAAAAGCAGUGACUUGUGUUUGCAGUGUUGUACCACUCGCUUCCAGGUCUGGGACAGCCAACCCUCCCCUAGAAAACUGCAGCUGCUGGUGGGAGGUGCAGGACUGUGGGAAGAGGACCAGCCCCAGCCAGUCUGGAGUUCCUCUCUAAGGAAAGGGUAGUGGAUUCAAAGUGUCAUUUUUCUUUAAUGUUCUUGUUCCCUUGUGCCUGCACAGCUUCAAGUUUGAUAAUAUAUACAAGCAUUUUUAAGUUAAAAAUGUGAUGCACCCACGUUUAUCCUGCUUGUAGGCCAGCCUGCAAGAAAAGAAGGUGAAAGACAAGCAGGCAGUUUUCACACUCACACAGAUGGCACUGUAGGUAAUGGGCUGCCAUUACCAUCAAAAAAAAGAGGACAUCUGUUUGCUUCCCCAGCAUUCCUACACUCUGCCCAUCACUGCGUGUACUGAACUUGGCUCAUGCCAACCUCAAUUUCUGCGAAGUUAUUAUGGAAUUAGAAAAAAAUCAAGUUCAUUUUGCCAGUAGCAGGCAGCCUUCAGGAGAAUUUCUGGCACUAUCAGCCAGCCACUGCAUAAAGGGGACAACUCAUCUUAGAGGGGCAAAACCAUUUAUUGUUGAGUGCUAAAUUUCUCACAGACUCCAGGAGUUUAGUAAAACCGAAGAAUGUUAAACUACUAGUUAUCCUUGGCUGGAUGGGGCAGAGUGAAGAAUUGCAUAUUGUUUAGAAACAAGUAUGAUGACAGUGAUAGAGCAUCAUACAUAAGGAAAUCAUACUAUCAUAAAUACAGCUUGUUUUCUAAAGAAGUCCCUGCGAAGAGUUCCCUAUCCUAAAAUUUUGCCAAUGUAACAAAGAGAAAAAUAGGAGUGGAGACAGCUGUAGAGAGUUUGUGGGAAAUACCUCAAAUUUAUUGGAAUUCCUGUGUUUUAAGGAAACUGAUGAGCACAGAAGACAUUCCAGGGAGAGCGAGCAGUAUGAAAGAAGUGACAAAGCAGAAAUGGGCAAAGGCAGUUUUGGUUGUGAUCCAACCACCUGGUCUCCAGAAGGCCAAAAAGAAAAAUAAUGAAAGGUGAAAAAGAUUUGUAAGGCCAUCGCCAAAAGCCAGCUGAGAGGACGGUCUUAGCUCCAGUCCAGCUGUGAGAGGCUCUGCUCAGGGAGGACAGGGGAAAGAGAAAGUAUUUGAAAAGCAUUCAUUUCGGUAAGGUUAAGUGGGAGGUGGGACUUUCAGGAGGAAAUACAUAACAAUUACAGGAGAGGUGGGAUGAGCCAUGGAAGAGAAUAAAAGCUUUAAGAGACUGAGGAAGCCAGUUAAAAGUGAGGUUUUCAAAGGCAGGGAUAAAAAAAAGCACUCUUGAAGGCAAAGAAAUACAAACCAGAAGACUGUGUUAGAGUAAAAGAAGGGGAAUGCCAACCUACAGAACCUGGAAAAUACCUGUAAAAGAAGAUAAGAGGUGCAAACAAAGAUACAGAGGAGGAAUCAAGUUUGUACAUGUACCAAUUACUUCUAAUUAGUUAAAAAAACGUGAAUGCUGGGAAAAAUAUCCCAUUAAAAAUUGCAGGAAUACUCGGGGAAAUUUGAAAGUCUUGCAAUGGAAGAGCAGUAAGAGCAACAACACUUCUGGUAAUCUUGACACAAUUUUGAGCAAAAGCAUAGAAAAGCUGGUGCUAAAUUUAGUUAGUUUAGAGCAAGAGGAUAGCAAUUUAAUUAAAGCUAAUCAAUGUGGGGUUUAAUAUCUUUCAAAUCUGAUCUAGCCUUUUGAAGAGGAGGCAGCGGAACUGCUGGCCUAACAUAGCUCCUAUGUACAAUGCACCUUCCUCUGCAAAGCACUUUGCACAAAACCCCUACGGACUGCGUUGCUGAAACUUAACAUGAAAUUGUUAAAUUUCUUUGUUAAUAGAAAAUGGUUAUCAAGUAAACGGACUCCUAGUGAGAUUCUAAAUGGCCAGUUAUAUAUUUGUGAGAAAAUAAUUGACAAUAAACUACAAAAUUAACCACUAACAGCAUUUGCAAAUCACAUAGACAGGGCUGUAGGGGAAAACAUCCUAAACUUACAGGACAUUGUCAGUAGUCAGAAGGGCUCAUGUUCAUCUGGGAACACAGAAGAGGAAGAAGGGUACAUUGCUUGCUUGUGUACCAUUUAUGAAAUAAUUAUUAAAUACUGUUUGUACUCAGUGUACACUUCAAAAAGGGAUCGCCAAACAAUGAGAAAAAAAAAAUCAUAAAAGACAGACUCUCGGUCUCCAGCAACAGAAUCAGGGUAUGAGCUCAUCCUGGAGGAGAAGCUAGAGCCAACAAAGCGUUACACCUGGAAGGUGAAGUCACACAAUGCACCAAAAAUCAGAUGCA